GGGCAGCGCGUCCCGCACAGUGCAUGUCGUUCGUUGCGGUAUUGGAGAAGUCAGGCCAUACGUUGCCCGUUGGCUGCCUACUAGGUAUCCUCUCUCUACAAACCCAUUUCCUGCGCAUCUCCUGCUUUGGUCGAGAAGCUCCAUCCAACGUGAUUCCUGACGUCGCCAUGGCCCCUGCUUCGGGGAACGCCUUGAGCGCAGACUCAAUCCUCGACUACAUGGUCAAGAGCCUGCCGACCCCGCCUCCCGACUCGGAGCAAUCCACACUCAUCAAAGAUCCAUUCGCCGCCAUUGCCCUCUUCUCACAUGCCUGCAUGCUUGCAGUUGGCUUCCGUCUCGUUGGCUUGGGAGAAGACCACAAGAUAGAAGCAAGAUCAGACCCCCAAGAUGCCCAACCUCUGCCCUCUGAGUGGGACAAAUCCUCUUCCUACGCUUUCCGCUAUGCCCAUUCGCAAUCCGCCAUGGAGUAUCUUAUCAAGGUGAAUCGACUAGGAGGCAAGGCUAUCAUAUUUGGGGCCGGUAUGGGUGACGACAAGACCGCCUCCUUUGAGGUCAAAGCCAACGACUACACUUCCGAAGGGUCAAUAAAAGAGGCAACCACGACGUCCGACAAAGUUCCCGCCCUUCGGAAUGUUUUUAUAUCAAGUGGGCGGAUUGCUGACCUCGCGUCGCUUUUCAAACUCAACAUCAUCCAGAAAUUGGCUCCAGGGAUUCAGAAGGCGGGGUACGAGGAUGCAGCUUCCACCCUGGAGCAGCCACGACGGCACGAAGAAACUCGCCCUCCUGAGCGCGACCCCCUACGUGACGAUCAUCCUCCACCUGCACGACCGUACCCUUUCGAUGAUCCAUUAGCGAUACCCCCUCGAAGACCCCAUCCGCCAGGAGACUUUCCACCACCGGGUUUCGAGGACGAAUAUGAAAUUAACCGACCCCCGCGCGGCAUGCCACCAGGUCAUCAGCCAUUUGGAAACAUUGGGGAGAGAGACCUUUAUCCUCCAGGGCUAGGACCGCAUGAUCCUCUCAGGAUGGGACCUGGAGGCGGUUUUCAUGGCGGAGGAGGCAUGCAUCCCACUUUUGACGAUCCCUUGUUUGGCGGCCAGGGGGGUCAAAGACCUUAUGACCCUCAGGUGCCUCCAGGGGCUCGAUAUGACCCUGUUGGUCCAGGCGACGGUCCUCCAAAUCUUCGAGGUGGGCCACGGUUUCCAGGAGGUGGUGGUCGAGGAUGGGGCAACAAUCCGUUCGGAGGGUUUGGAAGCGGUGACUUUAUAUAGAGUGCUGUAAACAGCCGCAGGGAAGAUCAUAACGAGAACAAUGCCUGCACGAGGAAUGACAGGAGUGGGGGGUAUCUAUCGCGCAAACCAGCGAAAACAAACAUCACGACCGGAGACGUGGCAUAGCAUGAUUGUGAGGACUCAAAAGCAGACGUGAUCUGGAGAAGGCGUUGUCAUCUCUCUAAGCCCAGUAUGAUCGCUCAGUCAAGGCUUCCUUCCGAGUCGUUGUCUUUUGCGAGAAUAAUGUUU